CUUACACUUCAACCUCCCACCAACUCCUCCUUUCUUACAACGACUUCUUGUCUUUAUCAGAAUCUCCUCCUAUGUGAACAUUUUCGUCCCUUACCCCCGAAUUUCCCCCUAAACGCAACGCUCAUCCGAACCGAGCAACUCCACCCAUCAAAGUUUGGUGACAUCCGCUUGAACUAUUGAAACCACUCCAAGCUUUUACCAACGACCUUGGUUCAACCACACUUCCGUCACCCCAAAGGCCACUCUCUCUUCAUCCACACGCUCCUCGACUACAAUCAUCGCAAUACUUCCUCCCUCUCAUCUCCCCCAAGCACGCUCAUCCACAACAUUUGCUUCCCAUCAACCUGCGCAUCCUCAUGUCUUUCCACCGGCGCCGCGCCACCUCUUCAUGCCUUCCGCCACGGAGAAACGCCCAUAUCCAGAGAAAACUAUAGAACAUCUGGCCAGCAUGUCGCUUUGAGCUCAUAAAACAUAUCGCAAGAUGGAUUUCACUCUUGCUUUAACCCACUUCUGCGAGGCCCAUGGCCCCAAGUCCGUCCUCAGCACACAGGUCCUCCCCUUGAAAUGCGUCCAAUGCCAGCCACCUUCGCCCUCCGUAUCUACGCGGCGAUCCUCUGAAGCCCUCCCCCCUCAAGCACCCGCCUCCUCCAUCAACUCGAAUUCGUACCUGGGUACAAACCCACGACAUCUCCACAAGACCGACACCAACCUCACAUUACCAACCGACUUCUCCGGCGCAUCUACCACUGUCGACUCAGGAACCGACUCAGAGAGUCCUACCAUCGAGAAACAUCCAUUGUUUCAGCCUCCAAAGCGGGUCAUUGGCUCGCAAUAUCGCUAUGGCAGAGCGCAAGGUGACACAUGCGCUAGUUGCAGCUUCAGUGUCCCAACAAAGGUAGCUGAACAACUUCCUGAAGGAGCUCCGGGAAGCCAGAGCGGAAGGAGUAAUAGCGCGAGCGCACCCGUUUUGCGCUCAAGAGAAUUCGUCUGUCUGCGCGAGAGAAGACGGGCUGCAUCACAUGAUGCUACCCAGAACCCGUCGCUGGGAUCCUCUCUGAGCUCCUCCACAUCUCGAACACCCUUCCCAUCUCACUCAAAUUUGGGCGACUGUCACGAUCACACAAUCACAUAUAUGACCACAAAGGCUCCGGAUAACCCUGAGAUUUUUGCUCAACUGAGAGCAUCCGUUAUCAGGACCCUUUCGUGUGAAUUACUCCCGCGUGGAAUGUCUGACGGACCCUUCUGUUUUGGCGAUUCCAAUACAGGCUACACGAUCGCCUAUGUAUUCCGUCUCACAGACCCCAAAGCCCGUGGACGCCGGAGAGCCUAUGCUUUUAUUGCCCUUGCGGGAAAAGAUGCCAGUCGCGCGUUCCGGGCUUGCCCCAUGCUGUGGGAAGCCUUCGCUGCCAUGGCCAAAGGGAUCGAAUCAGCUGCACAAAGGCAUCAAGAAGUCCAACGGCAAAAGGAAGAGGCUAGUCUGUCUGAGGGCAAACCGCGAAAUUACACGCCUGUCUCCUCCUUUCUGACCUCGCGCUCAAAUGAUCCCGAUGGCCAUCCGCGCAGAACAGGGCAUGCUACCCCUCGGUCUCUGGCUGAAAUUGUAGGCGAUGAAAACAUCUUCACUAUCCUACACCAAUACUUUGUCGCCGUCAUCAAAUGUUUGGGAGACCAAUUUGGCGGAAUGCCAAUGGCCUCCAAUGGCCAGUCUGUUGGUCAAGAGACGGCAACCUUUGCCUCACCUGGUGCUGCAUAUCCCGACCAACACUCACGAAGAAACGGCUCCGUCAAACUUGACGUCGAUUCACUACAUUUGGAGCGGCUUCGUGACGAUGAUGCCACUCCAACUCCAAUGCCAAAGUCUAAGUUGCCUGAUCCACCGGAAGCAGUCUCCUCUCCGGCUGAGGUCGAUGAUGAUUUGGAAGUUGCCAAAACGCGGGCGAACAAGGCUUUCAAGCUUAAGCCACAUUGUGCCCCGAAGGCCGACUCAGCGACUGCCAUGAGGCAAGUCGUCGUGUGAAGCUCACGAGGCAUCUCAUAAAUUUUCCAUGACUUAGCGAAUGUCUGUCCCGCUUAAUGUCAUGCAAUAAAACUGGAGGUUCUUCUCCACAGGCACUGGGACUGUCAACAAUAUACCCCUACACGGCGGCAAUUUGGUUUGUGUCGAUUUAUACGUGCGAUGGAGUUCCAUUUAUCGAUUCUCGCAUGUCUUUGUAACAGCUAGACGAAUGAUACACCUGGCUGGUUUCCCUGGCAAACGACAGGUGUUAAUGUUUACGCCCCAUCAUGACAGAGGGGAUUUAGGCUGGUCAUGUCGAAAGAUACCCCGAAAAGAAGACCUUGUUCGAUUAGCGAUGCUGUCUUUUCGAGUUGAUAAAUUAGUCCUGGUGGAACGGCUACCCAUAGGAACCUAUCUCACGAAGAUAUGCCUGACAUUGCAAGUCUUUUGUCCGACUGAGCAUGGAGCAAGUCAAGCUAUCCUAGCAAGGUGCUCAUGCUUGUGCGUCAAGCUAUCCUAGCAAGGUGCUCAUGCUUGUGCGGAAAAGGCUACAGAGCACGAAUGUCUCUAGAAUUCCAGUAUACAAUGGACUUUGACGAUCAACUAGUUUUCUUGUUGAAACUAUGGUGGUUUCUACUUCUACUCCGAGUUUCUCAUUUCCAAAAUUCCGCCCAUGAGGUUUGGUUGCAUCCCUUCUGACCUUGUCCUUCACUUGUCCAUCCCAGGGAGAGAAGCUCUGAAAUGAAUAUUGCUCAUCAGAUAUCCCUUUUCACGCAAAUGAUGAGAGAUUUGCUGGCAGUUUCUGGCCUUUUGGAUCGCCGUCGAUCGAUGCAGCAGACAAGACAGGAUGUAUUUCACAACCACCACACAGGCCGACUUCCCGGCGUCGUCACCGACGAGAGAUCUCCGAGUGUCGGACGGCUCAUAUUUAGU